CGCCAAGUUUGACAUUACGUUCCAUUAAAUGUUUGGUUUUAUAGUCACAUUUAUAUCAAAAUAGUUAAUAUUUAUACUGUAAAACAGAAAAUUAAUUUAAUAAGAUCAAAAUGGUUGCACGCAUAGCAGGAGUAUUUGAUGAAAAGUUAACGGAAGCAAUAGCAAAUUCUAAGAUAUUAGUUGUGGGCGCCGGUGGUAUAGGUUGUGAAAUUUUAAAAAAUCUCGUUUUGACCGGCUUCCCACAGAUUGAAAUUAUCGACCUUGACACCAUCGACGUAAGCAACCUAAAUCGUCAAUUUUUAUUCCAUAAGGAACAUGUUGGCAAGUCGAAGGCACAAGUUGCUAAGGAUAGCGCUUUAAGUUUUAACCCUAAUGUGAACAUCGUUGCACAUCACGACAGUGUUAUUAGUAAUGACUAUAGUGUGAGCUACUUUAAACAAUUCAACAUUGUAAUGAAUGCUCUCGACAAUCGGGUAGCUCGUAAUCAUGUGAACAGAAUGUGCCUUGCAGCCAAUGUGCCUCUUAUUGAAACGGGAACAGCAGGUUAUGCUGGACAGGUGGAGCUGAUUAAAAAAGGUCUUACACAAUGUUACGAAUGCCAACCAAAGGCACCUCAGAAAACAUUCCCCGGAUGCACAAUCCGUAACACUCCAUCUGAACCGAUACAUUGCAUAGUGUGGGCUAAGCAUUUAUUCAAUCAGUUAUUUGGUGAAGAAGACCCUGAUCAAGAUGUAAGUCCGGACACCGAGGACCCUGAAGCAGCGGGAACUGCCGGCAAAACAGCCUUAUCAUCACAGCAAUCUGAAUCCGGUAAUGUUGAAAGGAAAAGUACACGAACAUGGGCAGCGGAAACUAAUUAUAACGCAGAGAAAUUAUUUACGAAGUUAUUCGGUGAUGAUAUCAAGUAUUUGCUGUCAAUGGAAAACCUUUGGAAGAAACGUAGGCCACCUACUCCACUUUCUUGGGACAAUUUGCCAGGAAAAGGUGAUGCCCCAAAACAACAUUCAGGGCUACCCGACCAGAGAGUGUGGUCUGUACAUGAGUGCGCUGAGGUAUUUGCGGCAAGUUGCCAAGUGUUGCAAACUGAACUGAAAGGACGUCCCGAAGGUGAUCACCUCGUUUGGGACAAGGAUGAUAAAAGUGCUAUGGACUUUGUGACCGCUUGCGCUAACAUACGCGCAUACAUAUUCAGCAUACCACUUAAGUCACGAUUUGAAGUUAAAUCAAUGGCGGGUAAUAUAAUUCCUGCAAUAGCAACAGCUAACGCUAUCGUCGCCGGACUUGCAGUUUUACGUGCACAAGGAAUACUGAAAGGAGAAAUUGAAUCGUGCACUAGCGUUUAUCUAAGACCAAAGGUUAACCAUCGAGGACAACUAUUUGUACCGGAAAGGACUUUAACAGCACCUAAUCCGAAAUGUUACGUUUGCGCACCCAAACCGGAGGUUGCACUCGUUUGCAACUUGAAACAGUUAACCCUUAAAGAUCUGACAGCGGCUUUCAAAGAGGGUUUGAACAUGCAGGCCCCUGAUGCCACAGUCGAAGGCAAAGGCCUUGUUGUCCUAUCAUCUGAACCUGGAGAAACUGAUCAUAACAAUCAAAAGACUCUCGAAGAGAUUGGACUGAAUGAUGGUUGUGCUUUACUCGUCGAUGAUUUCCUACAGAAUUACGAAGUAAGAGUGAGACUUCAGCAAGAGGAUGAUGAGAAUUCGUGGCGUUUGGUUACUGAUACAGAUGCUCCGAUGCCAGGGCCAAAAGAUGAACCAGCGAAUGGUUCCAACGGUGCUGAUGAACCGAAACCAGGUCCAUCUCGUACUCAUGACAGCGAUAGUGACAUGGAAAUUAUUGAUGAAGAUGAUAACGGUGAACCCGUGGAAAAACCACCGAAGCGUCGGCGCAAAGAGAUGUCUGACGAAAUCGUUGAACUAUGUUAGUUAAUGCACAUUUUUGUAGAUUUAAUGUGAACAAUUCAUGUUUGAAUAAAAAAAUACUUUUACAUUUAAGUGGAAUCCAUAUAAACUCUGGUGAUUAAUCUCUAAAAACUAUUUAAGUAACUGUUUUUGAGAAAUGUAUUUUCAGUGUUAAAUGAGCCAAAAAAAAAUAAAAACAAAAAAAGAGCAAGAAUUUGUAAAAAUA